UCUGCUUCUCAUUACCUCUUCUCUACAAAGUCUCUCACUGAUCUCUCUGAUCACUCUCGUACUUGCAUGAAUUAUAUUAUUGUUAUUAUAUAUGAUCUUAAUUUGCAGUGUUUUUAUAAGUUUUCUUUCCCAAAUCAUGGUACAGUCCAAGAAAUUCAGAGGCGUCAGGCAACGCCAGUGGGGCUCUUGGGUGUCUGAAAUUCGCCACCCUUUACUGAAGAGGAGGGUAUGGCUAGGGACAUUUGAGACAGCUGAGGCAGCAGCAAGAGCAUAUGAUCAAGCAGCUAUAUUGAUGAAUGGACAGAAUGCCAAGACCAAUUUCCCAGCAAGUCAUCUUGAUCAAGACACUAAGCUCGGCGGCAAAGAUAACAACUCUCCCUUGCCUGCCAAGGCACUGGCUGAGCUUCUCUACUCAAAGCUAAGGAAGUGUUGUGGAAAAGACCCUUCUCCUUCACUCACUUGUCUAAGGCUUGACAAUGAUAACUCUCAUAUUGGCGUGUGGCAAAAGAAAGCUGGCUCUUGUUCAAGCUCGAAUUGGGUCAUGAGGGUCGAGCUUGGAAAUAGCAACAGGAAGAGCACACAAGUUAUGGAGGAAUUACGACCUUCAUUGUCAUCAGAAUCAUCGUCAAGAGUUGAGAUUGAACCUGAGAUUGAUGGUACGGAUGAAGAGGAUAAAAUUGCUAUGCAAAUGAUAGACGAGCUACUUAAUUGUAAUUAAGUGACCUUCAUGGAACCUCUAUUUCUUGUGGGGUCUAGACACCGGACCUUCCUUGACCCCUGUUCGUGCCCUACACAGUAGCUAGCUAGAUAGCUAGUAUGUGAAUCCCUAUAUCUCCAGACCAUCACCUCAUAUAUAUAUAUAUAUAUAUA